UGGAAACACGUCCCCACGACCGCCGCUGCGAUCUUCGGCAUCACCAUGCCGUAUCGCUCACCGAGAAACCCCAUUGGCGCGUUUUUCUGGCGAAGGCGCAUGCUGUUCGAGACGACCACCGGGCGUGCGCUGCUUGAGCGGUGGGAGAAGAUCCUGCUGAUCAUCAUUCUAUACACGAUCCUCAUACUCGUCGCCACUGAGCUGUAUAAGUACGCUCCUCAGUACGCUGUUUUUGUCAAGCAGCGCACGGCAUAUUAUAUUCAUGGUAACGAGCCGGAGGAGACCGUGGGCCGUGUGGCAGAUUGGGUCGUGCGCAACGUCACC